AUGUAUCGCUCUAUUGGGCGGAGCGCACUUGCGCCCAUUGUCAGCUCUGGAGACCGUGCGAAUGCUGCGUCAAAAUUGACUAAAUUUGAACUAACUGCUAAAAGUUGAAAGAAAUCUUUCGAGCACCUAAAAGCGUUCAAUUUUUAUGAACCUUCGAAACACACACACACUUUUCAGCGGGUCGGGUGUACGUGUGGGGCGAGCAGGCGGACGGCCGAUGCGUGCACACUCCGCAACUCGUCGAGGAACUCAACGCACUUCCGAUCGUGCGAGUGCUCGCCGGCGCCCGCCACUGCGUCGCCAUCUCCGCGUCCGGCGCCGUCUACACGUGGGGACAGAACAAUUGCGGCGAACUCGGAUUCGACGAUUUCAGGCGUGAGUUUCAAGAUUGAUUCAGCAAAGAGCCGGAGAUCCGCUUCAUACGGUCACCCUCCUGUGGCAGUCAAUUUGAAAACGGAAGCGUGUUUUACGGAAAAAGUCAAUUAAUCGUUUCCAGCUCGAACCUCGAUCCACCACGUCCGUCAAAUGGACGGUCUGGGCGUUGUGGAGGCGGCGUGCGGGGACAAUCACACCGUCCUUCUGACGCAUUGCGGAAGUACCUUCUCGUUCGGUUCCGACGCGCUGGGACAGUGCGGUUUCGGCAAAAAGUGA